GCAGCUCUAGAGAGACGCGGGCGCUCGCUCCCCCUCCAGCCACAGCAGCGAGGCCGGACCGUCGGGGAAGGGCAGGAAGCGCGACAUGGCAGAGCGCCGGGUGCCCUUCACUUUCCUCCGCAGCCCCAGCUGGGACCCCUGGCGGGACUGGUACCUGGGCAGCCGGCUCUUCGACCAGCCCUUCGGCCUGCCCCAAAUUCUUGAGGACUGGGGCAAGUGGCCGAGCAGCACCAGCUGGCCGGGUUACCUCCGCCUGUUGCCCAGCCAGGCGGCCGAGCCGGUAGCCGUCGCCAGCCCCAUCGUCACCUCGCCAACCUCCCCCAACCCGGCCUACAGCCGGGCCCUGAGCCGCCAGCUGAGCAGCGGCGUCUCGGAGAUCCGGCAGACCUCGGACGGCUGGAAGGUUGCCCUGGACGUCAACUACUUUGCCCCGGAGGAGCUGCUGGUGAAGACCAAGGAUGGCGUGGUGGAGAUCACCGGCAAACACGAGGAGAAGCAGGACGAGCACGGCUUCAUCUCCAGGUGCUUCACCAGAAAAUACACCCUGCCCCCUGGCAUCGACGCCACCUCGGUCCGCUCCUCGCUCUCCCCGGACGGCAUGCUGACGGUGGAAGCCCCCCUGCCCAAGCCGGCCAUCCAGUCCGCCGAGAUCACGAUCCCCGUCACCUUUGAGAGCCAUGCCCAGAUCACCCCGACGGAUACCAAAAAGCCUGAGGAAGCUGCCAAGAAAUAAGCAGGCACCUGGCACGGAGGAAGAUCACGGCCCGUCUGGUGCCACUUGCACCCCAAAACCAUGUUUUGUUUUAUUUUUAUUUUGUACUAGCACAUUCACUGAGUUGCCCAAAUAAAUCUGAAAAAAAAAAAAAAAUCCAAUAAACCAACCCCUGGCUGCCUCUC